CCGAAAUUCGAAGGUGGAGGCCAAAUGGGAGGCAGCUUUCCUGUUUCAAGGCCGCCAGUUAUUUACACCAGUGUGUUUUUCCACCAAAAUAAACUUACAAGCUAGCUGGUGGAAUGAAGUUUGCCCUCAACCUUUCAAUGCCGCUUUGAAUGUAGAGUACACAGGGACAACUCGGAGGAUUUUCUCGGUGGGUUGGUUCGUACAGAUCGAUGCUAUCCAAGUGCACACAUGGCCAUGAAAGGGCAGGAUACAAGGAUGACUAACGGCGGGUGCGCAAUGACUGCCAGGCCCACCGCUACUACACUUCCACUCGUUGUUGUUAUCACAACUCUUGUCCUGUGUGUCACCAGUGCAAGUUCUUCCAGUAUUCUCAAGCUUGUGGACUGGCUCCCAGCACCGACUGGCUUGAAAGUUCUGUCCGGACACGUCACUGCUGGUUACACACUGACCUGGGACAAGUACCCCAAGGAACAGAAGACUGCCAUGUCCUUCCGUAUCACCUGCACUGGACCCAACACAGUAGUCGAAGAUACCCCUGACACCAAGAUUACUCUGGCCACACUCCGACCUGGUUCCAAGUAUCGCUGUCAACUGCAGGCAAUCAUUGGACAGAAUGAGGCGUCACAGAAUCCAAUAUUCGUACACUUUUCAACGUUAGUUGGUAGCACAGGGAAAUCCCCUAGCCAAGCUAUGACCAAGAGCAGACCGACGGCUACACAGAUGGCACUCGAGCACGGCACCGAGGCUCGCAAGCCAGCGGCGAAAUCUAAUACUCAAACAGUCUCGUCGCGCGGCAAAGCAGCAGGCAGCACCGACGUAAACCGUGUGAAACCUGCCCUGCUCAGCUCCAGGCUGACGGCCGUUACUAGCGUUAGCUCUAACAAGGCGGCCUCGGCGACAUCAAAGGCAAAGUCUGGUACUCCUGCGGUUACUAAUCUGAAGCCGGGAAAUGCCACAGCAGCACCUAAGCAAAGCACAGCAGCAGCAGCAGCCGCCACCGAGCGCAAGCCGCCCAAGAACGCCAUGCGUACGUCAAGCCCGGCAAAGCGCACAGCUGUGUCGACACCGCCCACGCCUAUCACCAUGGCACCCACCAGGCCAGCCGUCACCAGACGGCCCACCACCAGUUCGCCCCCGAUACCGCCGACAAUGCAAGCAGCGUCCAGGCUGCCGCUCACACUGGCCAACGGCAAGCCCAUUUCGACCAGUGCCAUGGCGAGAAAACCACCGGCCACUACCAUAUCGCACGGCGCAUCACCAAGCACUUCUCCUGGCCACGUUCAGUCCGCACUGGCUAAGCUCACGUCUUCUCUGCCGCCAUGGAUGGGAGACCGGCCACGUGAGCCCAUCCAAAUUCAGCAGCGUGUGAACAGGCCCACGUUUGUGCUUCGCCUGCCGUCCCACACGCUCGUCAUCCUGGCGGCAGGCAUAUCUUUCUCGUGCCUUUUGGCCCUUGUCCUGCACUCGUGCAAGCAAUUGGCCACCUCCGUCCACACUCCUGCGCAUCUCAAGGUAAAGGUGUCCUUGGAGGAGCUGCCCACGGUCAACGAGGCAGAUCUGGAAGAUCCCGAGCUGAUGAUGGCAAUGCACUCGCCCCGUACUGCCAGCAUGUCAUCAACUGUAGCCACAGGCACAUCCUGGGGAACGGUAUCUCGUCACAAUACGAAUCACAUGCUGCUGUUCUCAUAGCUAAAAUAAACGCGCAGUUGCAAACAUUGCCAUCGCCAUCAUUGGUAACGCUGUUAACAGUCAUGGCGGCAGUAGCACUCAUCUGUCCGGUCUCCCUGGCCUUAGAGCCCUCUUCUAUCCAGCAGCAUGCACCUGAUGCCCACAGGUGAAAUUGCACGCGCUCUGGUGUCUGUCAGUCGUCUUGCUGCUAUUCGCCCC